AUGGGUUACAUGUGUGAUUUCUGUGGGAGUCAAAGAUCAAUGGUGUACUGUCAAUCCGAUGCUGCUUCCUUAUGUUUGUCGUGCGAUCGACAAGUCCACUCUGCAAAUGCCCUUUCGAGGCGACACCCGAGGACCCUUCUAUGCGAAAGGUGCAAGGCCCAACCUGCAUUUGUCAAAUGCGUUGAGGAGAGGACUUCUCUGUGCCAGAAUUGUGAUUGGAUGGGGCAUGGCGUCUCGACUGCGAGUGCGUGCCAAGCUCAUAAGAGGCAAACUAUUGUUUCAUACUCUGGUUGCCCUUCGGCUGCUGAGUUUUCGACAAUCUGGUCGUUUGUUUUAGAUAUUCCCUCUGCGGGUGGUUCUGCUUGUGAGCAUGGAAUGGGUUUGAUGAGUGGCAUCAACAAGAACAGUGGUCAAGAAAUUAAUGGCAGGCAAGAUGUAUCCGCAGCAGCAGUUGAAGUGAAUGAUUCACAAAAGAGGGAUCAGGAUGAGUGUGGUGUUUGGAUGGGCUCAACUUCAAUAUUGCCUCAAUCUAAUUCUGCACCAGACACUGUUCGGCCUUCCGGAUCAGCAAACUCAACUGUGCCCAAGUUAUGGUGUGGUGGAACAAAAGGUCCUGGGCUUUGUAAAGAUGAUGGUGUGUACGAGGAGUUCAACAUGGAUGAAGUUGGCUUGAAUUUCGAGAACUACGAAGAACUGUUUGGGGUAGCUCUUAAUCAGUCAGAACAGCUUUUGGAGAAUGGCGGGAUUGAUAGCUUGUUUGGAACAAAGGACAUGUCUGGUGCUGAUGAUUCCAACUGUCAGGGACCAGUUGUUGCUGAGGGACCCUCAUCAGUUGGAGCAGUGAAGAAUGCAAUACAACCAGAUGCAGCAGCUUAUGCUUCUGGUGAGUCCAUGAAAAUGAGCCCUAAAACUGAUGAACUAAUAUUUUGUUUUACUACUACUACAGCAAGCUGCAGGCAAGCAGCAGCCCACUCUAGCGGCCUCUCAUUUUCUGGGCAGCUAACUAGGGAGAGCACUAGUGCCGGCGGAGAUUAUCAGGACUCGUGUGGAGCUUCUUCGUCUAAUUCGAUGCUUCUCAAUAUGGGAGAGCCUCCAUGGACGUGCCCACCAUGCACUUCUACUAUUACUACUACUACUGAAACUACGACUUCCCUUCCUUCUGCAGCUACUCGAAAUACUGCUGUUUUGCGUUAUAAGGAAAAGAAGAAAACACGCAAAUUUGAGAAGACAGUGAGGUAUGCCUCUCGCAAGGCGAGAGCCGACGUAAGAAGGCGUGUGAAAGGGCGGUUCGUGAAGGCUGGUGACGCUUAUGAUUACGAUCCAGUCUCCCAAACCAGAAGCUAUUGA